AUGUCAGUUUACAAAACCCCAUUUUGCUUCAAAGACAUUUUCUUGAUUCUCUUCACUUUUCUCUCAAUCUUUUUUGUUGCUUUCAAUUACCAUUCUUCCAUCCUCCACCAUUUAACUACUCUCUCCUACACCAUCGCGACUGCGACCGCCGAUGCCACCACCACUAAAAAUUCUCCAACCACCGUUAACCACCUUGUUUUUUCAAUUGCUUCUUCCUCUAAAACCUUUUCACAAAGAAAAAAGUUCCUCCGUCUAUGGUACAAGCCAAAUUUUACGAGAACUUACGUCUUUCUAGAUCACCCUUCAUCAGAAAAUUAUAAUUCUCCAGAAAACAUCGAUCUUCCACCAUUUCUUAUUUAUGACGACAUGUCUCGUUUCCCCUACACCCAUGGUUUGGGUGCACGUUACGCCCUUGGCCUAACAUACAUGAUUAAACAAGUUGUCGCGCGUAACGACUCUAACGUGCGAUGGUACAUUUUCGGAGACGACGAUACGGUUUUUAUCGUGGAUAAUUUGGUGAAAACAUUACAAAAAUAUGAUCACAAUGAAUGGUAUUAUAUAGGGUCUAAUUCAGAGAGCUAUGUUCAAAAUGAUUAUUUUUCUUUUGAUAUGGCAUUUGGUGGUGGCGGAUAUGCAGUAAGUAGCCCUUUGGCUAGGGUUUUAGCUAGGGUUUUGGAUUCUUGUUUGAUGAGGUACCCAAGUCUCUAUAGUAGUGAUGCUAGGAUUUUCUCUUGUUUGGCUGAGCUUGGAGUGAGUUUAACACACGAACCUGGUUUUCACCAAGAUGAUGUAUGGGGAAAUCUAUUCGGAAUACUUGCAUCACAUCCGUUAUCACCAUUACUAUCACUUCAUCACAUAGAUGAUGUACAUUCACUUUUCCCCAAAAUGACCAAAAUUCAAGCUCUGCAACAUUUCUUCAAAGCUGCUAAUGCUGAUCCUGCAAGAAUAUCACAACAAUAUAUUUGCUACGACCGGAAAAAUUCAUUAUCCAUCGCAGUGGCUUGGGGUUACGCGGUACAAGUAUACGAAGGAGACAUUACAGUUCCGGAGCUUAUGACAGUUUUAAGGUCAUUCGAAUCAUAUGAUAAAAAUAAGAGAAGCCCAUAUUUUAUGUUCAAGACUAAGGUGGAAUCUAGGGGUCCUUGCCAGAAAAUGGUUGCAUUUUUGGAAAGUGUUUAUUCAAAUGGAGAUAAUGUUUGGAGUAAUUAUACAAGGCAUAGAGUAAAGGGAAAAACUUGCAAAAAAAACGGGAAUAAAAUAAUCAAGAAUUUGGAAGAGAUUACAGUCUUCUCAAGCAAGUUGGAUAUUGAUGCUAGACAGGAUGGUAAGAAAGGCAGAAUCUCCCCAUCAUUAGCUAAUACCGAAAAUAAGACAUCUGAUGUUAUUGAACCACUAGACUACCGUGUGAAGUUUGAUAAUCCAGAAGACGUCUUUGCUCGAGUUAGUCAACAGAUUAAACGAUCUCAAUCACCUGGUUUUUCUGUUGAUCAAUCUUCUCCCAUAGAGGAUAAGAUAUCAACAGAACUGCUUGACAAAACGAAAGAUGAUAUCGAGAGAUUACUGAUUAUGUCUUCUCAAGACUUGCUUCUACCAUAA